UUGGAUGCAGGAGGGGGCAUCUGGUUUUGCUAGGCUGGAAAGCUGAGGCUGGAGCCGAGGAAGAAUUAUUAGGCUCCGGAGAGCCUGGACUCAGCCUCUCCGUCUCCCGCUCCCAGCUACUGGCUUGCUCUCUCUCCCUCUCUUUGCUCUCGCCCCACAACACUUCCGGCUGUUCUGAGAGGGCAGGGGACAAGGACCUUGCUGCUGCGGGAGUUCGGGGAAGUUGUGACUGACAAGGAUGGGGGUCUGUGGGUACCUCUUCCUGCCCUGGAAGUGCCUCGUGGUCGUGUCUCUCAGGCUGCUGUUCCUUGUACCCACAGGAGUGCCGGUGCGCAGCGGAGAUGCCACCUUCCCCAAAGCUAUGGACAACGUGACAGUCCGGCAGGGGGAGAGCGCCACCCUCAGGUGUACCAUAGAUGAUCGGGUCACCAGGGUAGCCUGGCUAAACCGCAGCACAAUCCUCUAUGCUGGGAAUGACAAAUGGUCCAUAGACCCUCGAGUGAUCAUCUUGGUCAACACGCCUACCCAAUACAGUAUCAUGAUCCAGAAUGUGGAUGUAUAUGAUGAAGGUCCAUACACUUGCUCGGUGCAGACAGACAAUCACCCCAAAACCUCCCGGGUCCACCUCAUAGUGCAAGUUCCUCCCCAGAUAAUGAACAUCUCUUCAGACAUCACGGUGAAUGAAGGAAGCAGUGUGACUCUGUUAUGUCUUGCGAUUGGCAGACCAGAACCAACGGUAACAUGGAGACACCUGUCAGUCAAGGAAGGCCAGGGCUUUGUGAGCGAGGAUGAAUACCUGGAAAUCUCUGACAUCAAACGGGACCAGUCCGGGGAGUACGAGUGCAGCGCCUUGAACGAUGUCGCCGCGCCUGAUGUGCGGAAAGUAAAAAUCACUGUAAACUACCCUCCCUAUAUCUCAAAAGCCAAAAACACUGGUGUUUCAGUUGGUCAGAAGGGCAUCUUGAGCUGUGAAGCCUCCGCUGUCCCCAUGGCUGAAUUCCAGUGGUUCAAAGAAGAUACCAGGUUAGCCACUGGCCUGGAUGGAGUGAGGAUUGAGAACAAAGGCCGCAUAUCCACCUUGACUUUCUUCAACGUCUCAGAGAAGGAUUAUGGCAACUAUACCUGUGUGGCCACAAAUAAGCUUGGGAACACCAAUGCCAGCAUCACACUGUAUGGGCCUGGAGCAGUCAUUGAUGGUGUAAAUUCCGCCUCUAGAGCACUGGCUUGUCUCUGGCUCUCAGGGACUUUCUUUGCCCACUUCUUCAUCAAGUUUUGAUAAGAAACCAUAGGUCCUCUGAGCGACGCCUGCUUCUCCAUAUCACAGACUUUAAUCUACACUGCGGAGGGCAAACCAGUUUGGGGUUCUUUUGGUUUAUUUUUGUUC